AGAAUAAAAGGAAAGAAGAUUUUCUCUAUGUAUAUAAAGAUGGCUACGUUAGCAAACGGACAGGCUGACAAUACGAGCCUCAGUAACAACAGUCACGGCAGCCCGGGCAGUAACGGGCACAUGAACGGAUUAAACCAUAGCCCGGGGAACCCGUCUACCAUUCCCAUGAAGGACCAUGAUGCCAUCAAGCUGUUCAUUGGGCAGAUCCCCCGAAACCUGGACGAGAAAGACCUCAAGCCCCUCUUCGAGGAGUUUGGCAAGAUCUACGAGCUGACGGUUCUGAAGGACAGGUUCACUGGCAUGCACAAAGGUUAG